CAGAGCGCUCGGGGCCUUUUCAAAUCGGGAUCCGUUACCGCUUCCCCGGCCGCCGCCAUUGUCACGCUCGGAGCCUCUGUACGCAGGCGGCCGAAGCGGAGACAGUGGCGGCGGGAUGGCGGAUGCCGACAAGUCCGAGGUGUCCGGGGCCCCUGGCGACGACAGCCCGCUUCUACAGCCCUCAGAGCCGCCAGGAGAGCCGCGGGGAGAGCCGCGGAGAGAAACGCACCCGCCAGAGAACGAGAAACAUCCUCCUCCGCACAGCAGCAGCUCCAAUGGCGUUAAAAUGGAGAAUGAUGAAUCAGUAAAAGAGGAGAAAUCUGAAUUAAAAGAAAAAUCAGCAGGAAAUAAGAAGGCCCAUAGAUUUCAUCCUUAUUCAAAAGACAAGAAUUUGGGCACUGGGGAAAAGAAGGGUCCAAAUCGAAACAGAGUUUUCAUUAGCAACAUCCCGUAUGACAUGAAAUGGCAAGCUAUUAAAGAUUUAAUGAGAGAAAAAGUUGGUGAGGUUACAUACGUGGAGCUCUUUAAGGAUGCGGAAGGAAAAUCAAGGGGUUGUGGUGUGGUCGAAUUUAAAGAUGAAGAAUUUGUAAAGAAAGCACUAGAAACCAUGAACAAAUAUGAUCUUAGUGGAAGGCCCCUGAAUAUUAAAGAGGAUCCUGAUGGAGAAAAUGCUCGUAGGGCAUUGCAACGGACAGGAGGAUCAUUUCCAGGAGGACAUGUACCACCUGAUAUGGGAUCGGGGCUGAUGAAUUUACCACCUUCCAUUCUCAAUAAUCCAAACAUUCCUCCUGAGGUUAUCAGUAAUUUGCAGGCUGGUCGACUUGGUUCCACAAUUUUUGUUGCUAAUCUUGAUUUUAAAGUUGGUUGGAAGAAGCUAAAAGAAGUGUUCAGCAUAGCUGGAACUGUAAAGCGGGCAGAUAUUAAAGAAGACAAAGAUGGCAAGAGCAGAGGAAUGGGCACUGUCACUUUUGAACAAGCAAUUGAAGCAGUUCAAGCAAUUUCUAUGUUCAAUGGGCAGUUUUUGUUUGAUAGACCUAUGCAUGUGAAAAUGGAUGACAAGUCUGUCCCUCAUGAAGACUACCGUUCACAUGACAGUAAAACUCCACAAUUACCACGUGGUCUUGGAGGCAUUGGAAUGGGACUCGGUCCAGGUGGACAGCCUAUCAGUGCCAGCCAGUUGAACAUAGGUGGUGUAAUGGGAAAUUUAGGUCCAAGUGGUAUGGGAAUGGAUGGUCCAGGUUUUGGAGGAAUGAAUAGAAUUGGAGGAGGCAUUGGGUUUGGUGGUCUGGAAGCAAUUAAUAGCAUGGGAGGAUUUGGAGGAGUUGGUCGAAUGGGAGAGCUAUACCGUGGUGCGAUGACUAGUAGCAUGGAGAGAGAUUUUGGACGUGGUGAUAUUGGAAUAAAUCGAGGCUUUGGCGAUUCCUUUGGUAGACUUGGCAGUGCAAUGAUUGGAGGGUUUGCAGGAAGAAUAGGAGCUUCUAACAUGGGUCCAGUGGGAUCUGGAAUAAGUGGUGGAAUGGGUGGCAUGAACAGUGUGACUGGAGGAAUGGGGAUGGGACUGGAUCGGAUGAGUUCCAGCUUUGAUAGAAUGGGACCAGGUAUAGGAGCUAUACUGGAAAGGAGCAUCGAUAUGGAUCGAGGAUUUUUAUCAGGUCCGAUGGGAAGCGGAAUGAGAGACAGAAUAGGCUCCAAAGGCAACCAGAUAUUUGUCAGAAAUCUGCCUUUUGACUUGACUUGGCAGAAACUAAAAGAGAAAUUCAGUCAGUGUGGUCAUGUAAUGUUUGCAGAAAUAAAAAUGGAGAAUGGAAAGUCAAAAGGCUGUGGAACGGUCAGAUUUGACUCCCCAGAAUCAGCUGAAAAAGCCUGCAGAAUAAUGAAUGGCAUAAAAAUCAGUGGCAGAGAAAUCGAUGUUCGCUUGGAUCGUAAUGCAUAAUUUCAAACCACGAGAGAGGAAGAGAAAGAAACAUUGAUGCAAGAGGAGUAUUGAUUGAUUGCCUUUGUACGCACCUGGGACUGGGAACUGUACGUGUCAGGAUGGGGGUUGCACAUGCUGAUGACAAACCCGCAACCUAGGCAUGUGCCCUGACCAGGAAUUGAACCCACAACCCUUCAGUUAUGGGAUGAUGCUCCAACCACUGAGCCAACUGGCUAGGGCUGUUGUAAUUUUGGACUGAUUCUUUUGACUUGUUAUAAAAUUUGACUUAGAGAUGUAUAACUCUUUUACCUGAAAUACUAGAAACUAAUUAAAAGAGGAAAAAUCAUGUAAUUUUUUAAGAUAGUAAAUUAGAAUAAGUUCCCUUCCUAAUGUACUAAAUUAAAUUUAGACUGUUUUAUACAACCAUUUUAUAAAAAAAGUAACCCAUACUUUCGUAUUUCUGGCCAUAAUUGCAUAUGACUUUCUCCUAAACAUUUGUACCUAAAUGUUUUGCUACUGCUUCAAAUGAUAUAUUUAAAAUUCAACUGUUUUUUUCCUUUUCUCAUCAGCCGUUUUCCCUAAAUUCCUAAUUUUUGUAAGCAGUGUUCCAUUUUCUUAGUCUAUUAUGGUCAAAGCUUCAGAAUUUCUCUGUUCUCUUUUCUGGCUCCAUAUUGUCCUUUAAUUGGGAUGCUUUCUCUGCAUUGUCUCACAUCUGUUCUCUUUCAUCCCCACUGCCUCCGCUCUGUGUAGUCAUCUAUUAAAACACAUCAGCUGUUUCAGUGGCCUCUAACAGCCCUCCGUGUCCUUUAGCACAUGUUUCAGUUCUAAUGAUUUACCUGCUCACAAACUUGCACAGACUCUUAAACACUUAAGUCUCUUCCUAUCCUGUUCCUUUCUAUCCAUCUUCCCUCUGCUUUCUUACUGCGCACAUUUUGCUCUCAGUUAUGCUAGUACUUGAACAAGAUAAUAUUUCCUUGGUGUCCAUCUAUGGAAUAUACUUUAUUCUUACCUCUGCAUCAUUUACCUAAUAAAUACUUCAGUAGCUUUUAGUUACUGGUUUCAAAUCAGGUCAUCAAUUAAAAUUUCUAUGCUACAAGGCUCAGUUUAAAUGCUCCCAUGUGUGAUAGUCCUUUCUUUCUAACCAUCCCCAUCAAAUUUUCAAUAAUCUAUCCCAUUUAGGAAACAGUUACACUUUCUUUAAGUACUUAAACCUUUAUAUUUUAGCUAUUUUGGUGU